AUGGAUCUGUACGACAUCAUUUAUAUCGAACGUCUGGCACUGAGAAAUCAAGCAGUGUGGUUCAUUAGGCCGAAGGCCGCGAUUACGGCCGCGAAGGCGGGAGCGGCUCUGGUGAAAGCGCGCGAUGAUAAGAAUGGCGCCGAACAUGACAUGGCGCGAGCCGUCCUCGUAAAUCAUCUAAGCGACGACGACUUGUACCUAUUUGACGAGAACCUAGACGUCAUCAAUCUGUAUGCGGCUCUGGACGCUCGCUACAAGGAGAUGAUGGUGGUCCGACAACCGACAACCGAUCCUCUGGGGAGAACUCCAGAACAUUCAAAUGACGCCAGAGGAGACCCUGAGAAGCUACAUCAGUCGUUUGAAGGAGCUUAAGCAGUGUGGAGAGACGGUAUCUGACGCGAACGCUGUGAGCCAGGCUUUGAAGAGGCUGAUCUACCUACAAGCCAUAUUGUUGGAAAGCCACAUUGAAAUGCUCAAAUGACCCAACCGCGAGUGCCACAGUUUGGUUCCUGAGUAGGCACCGUGGAACAAGUCGGGUGUCGGCUUCCUCGAAGCCGGAAAAAGGGCGGGCCCCACCUGCAUCCGUACAGGCCGGUAGCUAGCACGGCACGUGUGACAAUUGAUGGGUAGUGUCACUGCGGUGGGAGAUGUGCUUUGUUGCAGCAGUACUGAUGGUGUGGGAGCUAAGCUUGCACCGGCGGAAUCGUCAGCACCGCCUGCGGGCUCCACGCGAAUCGCAUCUAUCCCGGGUGCAUGCCGCAUGGACAGUGCGGCAGACCGCAAGUCGGAAUGCCCGUGCGGGCAAAUUGGUAACGCAAGCUGAGUGAAGUUCGGUGCUGUCUGUGAUGUUUAUCCCCGAAGCGCCAGCGGCCUCAGCAAUCCGCCCCACAGCCGCGACCUUCAUCGCGGCACACCGCAAGUCUUCGGAGGCCCCGUGCAUUGGCCAAAGUAAAUGUACAAACAAGCAGCUUGUGUAUUUCAUAUAGAAAUGAAAGCAAAUUUGUUGGCCUGCUGGUGGCAUGUCGGAUUGCUCAUGCCGGCAAAUGGUAACACAAGCUGGGUGUUCGAGUUAUCAUACGCCGUCAUCUCAGAAUUCCAUUAUGAGAUACGCGGCAGCUUUCGGGAUGAAAUUUAGCGCGAGAGGCGUUGAUGUGACUUUUGAGGUCGGUGAAUGGAGGCAGCUAAACUUGUUUUUGCUCAUACGGUCUUUGUUAGCUACAUGCGAGAUACCUUGCAGUAGAGAAUGCUGUAUAGUACCGAUAACGCGUUUCAGCCGGGUGAAAUAUUAUGUUUGAUCCGUUACACACUCAAGGCAUGGGAGUUCGAGUUAUCAUACGCCGUCAUCUAAGAAUUCAAAUAUGAGAUACGCGGUACCUUUCGGGAUGAAAUUUAGCGCGAGAGGCGUUGAUGUGACUUUGGCCUCGGUCAAUUGAGGCAGCCAAACUUGUUUGUGCUCAUACG